AUCCUCCUAUCUUUCAAAUUCAUCAUUGAACAAACUUGACUUUUUUGUGAACAUUUUAAAUAGUGCAUAACUUUUUUUUUAAUCAGUUAUCUUGAAAAGGGGAACAAUUACAAAAUUGUAUAUGCCCUUCCUGGUAUUUUGUCCAGUACCAGACUCCAGCUCCAUUUCUUAUGGAAAUCAUUCCAAGGUCAGCUGUAACACGUUGGACAAGUGAAGAACACUAUGACUGCAAAUCAAAAUAUCAUUGGCUGAUAAAAAUUAGGGGUGCACCGAUAGAUCGGCCCCGAUUUCCAAAAUUUUGGUAGAUUGUGAUCGGCCGAGGUGAAACCGAUGUUACCCACCGAUCUUAUCCACCAAUCAUAUCUACUUGUAUAAUCCGUUGUGCAAGUUUUGUUUCUAUUUAAAAUGUGAAUUAUGAAAAACUAAAGGAACUGUAAAGGUUUAUCCAUUUAUAUUUGAGAGCACUAGCUCAUGUGCACAAGUUCUGUUGUUUCACGGGUGUUAUUCAACGUUUUUCAAUAAAAUAACAUUGGAACAUAGAAGGCCUAUUGUGGCCCUAUAACACCUGACAGUGUCAGUUAUAAAAAAAAAUCGGUAUCAGCCAAAAUUGGAAUCAGCAGGUCAGGCUCUUUAAAGAUCCGUAAUUGGUGAUCGGCCAGGAAACUGCAAUCGGUUCACCCCUAAUAAAAAUAUCUAUUAGAAUUUGACAAGAAAGCAGAAUAACGUCCGAAAAGACAAAUUCUCCCAGGUGACCACAAACAGAGAUUUCUGAGUGGCAAAUUAUUUUCCUAAUACAAAAUGACUGGAACAUGCAGCAUUCAACCAGAUAAUUUACCAUUGAGCGCUUCAUGUUUGCAGUAUAACAAAAUAUUUUGGCAUUGUCAUGCUCCCAACUAUGUGGGAGUGGUUUGGAGAUUGCCCCUUCCUGUUGACUGUGCACCAGUGCACAAAGCAAGUUCCAUAAAAACAUGAAUGAGUGAGUUGGGUUUGGAAGCCUCCACACCAUCCUGACCUCAAGUUGAUGAAACACUUUUGAGGUGGGUUAGUGUGAAAGAUGCAAGCCAGGCCUUAUUCCCCAACAUCAUUGUCUGACCUCAUUAAUGCGCUUCUGGUUAUUAAUUAUCAGAAACACUCCUAAACAUUGUGGAAUGUCUCUCCAGAAAAAUUGAAGCCGUUAAAGAUGCAAAAGCCUGGGCUGAGAUUAUAUUAAACACUAAAGAAUAAGAAUAAGAUGUCAUUCAACUUUGUGUUUGAGUGAAGGCAAAUGAGGAAUACUUUUGGCAUCAUCGAUUACAUCAAAACGUCUGAGUGCUAAGCUGUAAUGUUUUGUUUAAAACCUCAAAAAUAAAAAGACCUUUUCUUCAAAUGUGUCUGUGAACACUUCAGCGUGUUUUCAGAAGAUUAAAUCAUGCUCAUUGUCUUGUUGGUAGGACUUUAUAAAGCCCCUCCUCCUCCUCUUCCUUCUUGGUGGCACUAAUAACCCCUCAUAGCUCAGUGCUUUGUUGGGAGCGCAGUGCCGCACUGCACGUAACAGCAGAAGGUGAAGAGUAGGUUAUUUCCAAGCAGCCUGGUUCUGCAGGAUUCAUUCAUGCUUUGUAGAAGGCGUACAGGGAAACAGCUGGAAGAACAUCCGAACAGCAGGAGAAGGUGGUUUUGCGCUCUGAUCGGGCUUUUGUUCUCCGCAUUUUUGCUGCAUCGAGGACAGAGACACCGGUCCUGGACUGUGCGAAGACCCACGAGAAACGCUUUGGACUGGAUACCGCUUUAGUAUCACGGUUGCGUGAAGGUUGAGCCAUGGACGCCGGGAGGCUGGAGCAGCAGGUGGCCAGCGUAGAGAGGGGGAUCUGCUUCCUGAAGCAGGAUCACCUGACCAUGCUGACCGGCCUGCAGCUGGAGAUCACACACCUGAAGAGGCGCUGUCAGGAACUGAGCUAUGAGCUGGACUCCAAGUUUCCAGACAGAAACACAGCAGAGGAAGAAGCAGAGCUGGCAGCCCGUUGUGAAGCUGCAGAGCGCCUCCUGGAGCGUCAGCAGUGUAUGAUGGUAACUGCGCGUGGGGAGCUGAGAGCCGGCCGGGCACGAGCGAUGGCGCUUGGGAGGAGCCUUAGGGAAGAGGAACGGCGUUUCCUGGAGGAGUUGAAGCGUCGCAGUCACAAGAUCACACUGCUGAACAGAGAACUUCAACGGCAAAAUGUCAUGACGACAACCCUACACCAUGAGCUGUAUAGUGCAAGAUUAAAACUUUUCCAGCAGCGGCAGAGGGCGGGUUCUGCUGCAAAAAGAAAGCAAGAAGACGCCAGAGAGGAGGAAGAGGAGGAGGAGGGAGGCUCAGUCUGGCCCCUGUCUCCACAUUCAGGUGCCACCUCUGUCCAACCAGAGUUGAGACACAGGAGGAACAUCAGUGUGAGGGAGGACAGGGUAAGAGCCUGCAUCCCACAGGAGAGAGUGACAUCACCACAGAGUCCACACCCAAUGCCAGACCCCGCCCUCUUCUUGGUGCCGCUCAGGUACCGCCUCCUCCGUUGGAGCCAGCCAAUGAGACUCCAGGAUGGAGAGGAGGGGGAGGACGAGUGGGAGGACAUAGAGGACAGCAGGGUGCACAGUAGGGUGGACAUGGGUGCAGGCGAAGGGGAAACGGCUUUGUGACUCAGCGUCUAUCUGCAGCGUUUAACUGCAUGGAGGGCUCAGAUGAGACACAUACAAGGCUGCGAUUGUUUGUAGAAAUCUGGAAAUUAACAUUUUUAAAUUUAGCUUCACAAGAAAUGGUUAAUCUAAACUAGACGUAGAUAUAUUUAUAGAUUAAGGGUGUGAAAUAUUCUCGAAAAGUUUAAAGGAAUGCUUUUCAGUUUACCACGUUUGCUUAUAAUUAGCAGCGUUGCCUCUGGGUCAGUACUCACUUUCACCAGCUGAACCAGCUAUAUGUUUUUGCAGUUAAGAUGGUCACUUGGUAAAGGAAUUUUUGUAUUACCUGCACUUUAUGAAAUUCAUACAAUUUGCCUAGUUAUGGCAACCAUAACUUCUGUUGUCAUGUUGUCUGUUUUCACUAGAGAAAGAUGUUUCUAAAAAGGACCUUUUAAGACAUCAGGAAGAUGUAAGAGUGAUUUCUCUACUCCUCGAGAUCUUAGGGAGCCCUGGGAAUGUAACAAAGAGAUUGCAUAUUAAAAACGGAAAGAAUCCAUUUAGUUAAGAUUUUUCUUGGUGCCGACCACAUUUCGAAUAGUAACCUAUAACAGCAAUAUCCCGAGGUGUUCUGAUGUGCAGUUAGGAAUAAAGUAUUCCUAAUUUUUCUGGUACCUUGGAAUAGUAUAAAUGCCCACUUGAACUUUUCAAAAUUGUGUCAAGUUGCAAAACAUAUUUUAUUGGGAUUUUAUGUGAUAGACCAACACUAAGUGGUGCAUAAUUGUGAAGCGGAGGGAAAAUGAUGUGUUGUUUACAAAUUUCUACAAAUAAUAAUGUAACAAGUUUCACAUGCAUCUGACUUCAUCCCCCUUUACUCUGAGACCCCUUAACAAAAUCCAGUGCAACCAGUCAUCUUCAAAAGUCACCUAAUUAGUAAAUGGAGUGUGUAAAAAUCCAGCUGUUCUGUGAAGGCCUCAAAGGUUUUUUAGAGAACAUUGAGUAAAACAUGAAGACUGAGGAGCACCACAAACAGGCUGGAGGGAAAGAUGGAGAGAGGUUCAAAGCAGGGUUAGGUUAUAAAACAGUGCCCCAAGGCUUAAGCAUCUAGUGGAGCACUUUCAAUCCAUUCAUCCACUGGAGGGAUCACUUGUCCUUGUCGGGUCUCAAAGGGCUGGUUCCUAUCUCCAGCAAGACACAGGGUACACCCUGGACAGGUCGCCAGUCCAUCCUAGGGCAACAAAAAGACACAGGACAGAAAAUCAUGCAUGCAUACAUUCAUAAAUUAGGGCAAUUUACGGAGACCAAUAAACCUAGCAGUCAUAAUUUUGGAUUGUGGGAAGAGGAGAACAUGCCCCCUGGUUGGGAUUCAAACCCAGGACAUUCUAGCUGCAAGGAAACAGUACUACCAACUGUGCAGCGACUGUUCACCAUAUCACCUGAAAAAAACAGAGUAUGGCACAAAAGCAAAUCAAAAAAACAUGGACGUCCAUCUAAGUGUAGGAGCAUUAUUACAGAGAAGCAGCCAAGAGUGUUUUUAAUGUUUAUUUAGGGGACACAAAUGUACACGCUCUGGUCAGAUGGGACCAAAAAUCUGGCCUACAUGAAAAAGCUAUGUGUGGUGGAAAGCAUCACACUGAACAUAUAUCCUCACUAUGAAACAUGGUGACAGCAUCAUUCCAUGGGGAUGCUUUUCCUCUGCAGGGAGAGAAAAGCUGGGCAGAUUUGACAGGAAGUUGGAUGGAGCUAAAUAUAGGGCAGAAUUGCAAAGAAACCUAUUGAGGCUCCAACAAACUUAAGACCGGGGUGAAGCUUUCCCUUCCAGCAGGACAAAGACUUGAAACAUUCAGCCAGAGCCACGUUAUGGCUUAGAUUGAAGCAUGCGUCAAUGGCCCAGUCAAAGUACAGACGAACUGAGAAUUUGUGGGAAGAAAAUUAAUAUCCACAUUUGCUCUCCAUCCAAACUGUCUGACCUUGAACUAUUUGCAAAGAAGAAUGGCACAAAAAAUGAGUUGGUGCAAAUCUGGUGGAAACAUGUCGCAAAAGUCUUGCAGCUGUAAUUCCAGCAAAACAGGGUUCCACAAAGUGUUGACUCAGGGGGCAGCAGGGGUUUUUAUUUUGGAGUCAUUAUAAUGCAUUAUAUUACACACAAUAAUUUCAUUGAUUUUGUACAUGAUUUUAUGUUAAGAUUUAUGGAAGAGAUUCCUUUUCAGCAGGAUGUUGCAGCAUUGAAGGUUUACUAAAGGGGAAUGUAAGGAGAAGAUCCCAAAAAAAAAACUUUUAUUAUUGUUAGUUGGAAAAUUUGUGGUUAGGGGAAUAAAUUUCAAGAGCUGACAUCGUCCAUCCACAAUUUGUCUUCUGCCUGUCUGAGAUUGGGUCGGGGAGGUAACAGGUCCACGUGGGAAACCAGACAUCCCUUUGCCCAGCAAUGCUCUCCAGCUUCUUCUGGGGACUUUGUCUAUGUGGAGGAGCAACAGCUGUACUUCCAGUUCCCCCAGGAUGAUGGAGCUCCUGACCCUAUAUUCAAGUGUGAGCCCAGUCGCCCUUUUCUUUUUGGCUCAACAUCUUUCUUCACCAUGAAACACCCGAGCAGCCCCCACAGUACUACAAAUCCCCAAUCCAUCCAGGAUGCUUGAAGCAGUCAAAGGAGUUUGGUUGUGUGGUCCACAUGUGUUUUGUGGAUGUGAAGAAGGCUUACGACAGUGCCCCCUGAGUCACUAGGUAGGGGUUAAUGCAAACGUUUGCCAGGAGUGCCAGGAUUGCUAUUAAGCUCAGACCAAUUAUGCUGUCUGGUUGCAUCACCGUAAACUGUUUGGACAAGAGGCAAAAGAAAGACUUUAACAAAGGGGAGCUCCAACCUCUUCAUCUUUACCUCAACAAAUUUUCACCCUACAGCCUCGCGUCCACAUAUAUGAACAUUACAUUUUUGCUUGUCAGUCCAUAAUACCUUAUUUAGUGUAACUGCAACCUGUUGUACACAGUUAUGGGCUCUUGCACUGCCACCUGGUGGUGGUAGAGGAGAAACACACAUUACGGACUCAUUUUAAGAAUAUCAGAAAAGUCAGGUUGUAAGAAAUGUAAUAAAAUCUAAUGAAUCUAUUUCAA